AUCCAAGCUAUCCUGCAACUCCAAAUACCCUAAAACGUUGCAAUGGAAAAAUCUAAGAAUUUCAGGAUCGAAGCCCUUCUGGCUGCAGAACCACACCGAAGGACCAGAGAAGCAUCACCUGGACUGAGCAGUGACAGCCCGACGGGAAGCCCGGUGUCUUGCAGGGGCGGCGACACUCCGUCCCCCCGCGGGACCCCGGGGGCCAUACACCUCCAAACCGGAAUCAUACCUAAACCAGGGCUGCUCAGUUUUCAACACCCGGGACUCACUUCACUUCCAGGCAUGUACACAACGCCUAUGUACCCCAUUUCAGCUUUGGGAGGUCAGCACCCUGCCUUGGCGUACUCGGGUUUUACGUAUCCGGCGUAUCCGGAGCAGCUGAAGGCAGCGGCGAUGGCCGGAUCUUUACCCCUGGAACACUGGAUACGAGCUGGCAUCAUGGUACCACGACUGCCCGAUUACACCUGUGAGUGGGGUAGCGUUCAGAUGACGUCCCCACAGUCCGGUUUGAUGGGUAAAUGUCGUAGGCCGCGGACAGCAUUCAGCAGUCAACAACUACUGGAGCUGGAAAACCAGUUUAAACUUAACAAGUACCUUUCCAGACCCAAACGCUUUGAAGUGGCCACAUCGCUCAUGCUGACUGAGACACAGGUCAAGAUCUGGUUCCAGAACCGUCGAAUGAAGUGGAAACGUAGUCGGAAGGCUAAAGAACAGGCCACACAGGUCAAGGUCGAAUGUCAGCGCGGGGGAACCAAGAUGACCAAUGAGAGGCCAGGAAGGGAUGGCCGCAGGGCCAUCGCUCAGAGUGUAGAGGAGCACGAGGAAGAGGACGAUCUUGAGGAGGCAGAUGAGGAGGAGGAUGAGGAGGAAAGGCAACACAAAUUCAUAAAUGACAACCUUAAUGUACCACGUUGCACAGACUUUCUGCACCACAUGUCUGCAUUAGGAUGCCACCCUGACAGCCCGUUCUCUGAGGACGACAUGGAGGAGGUGGGAGGAAGUGAUUGAAA